GAGACGGCAGUUGAUGAGAUGUAUCUGAGUGAAUUGGAACCAUUUGUAAUUGAGUUGCCAGAUGACGUGGCAAAUGAAGAAGAAGAAGAACUCAUCGAGAAAAUGCGUUUACAUUCAGGUGUUAAAUAUUUACGUCUGCGACGACUGACUAAACCCAGAGAUCAUGUGGUUGUAUCUGCUGUCGGUACAAUGGAAUCGUUGCAUCGACUACGUGCACUCGUAGCCGUUAAACCAUCACUGAACUCAUUCAACAACACCAAAAAACGUUCCGAAAUGGUCUCAAGACUCGUUUAUGAACGUAUCUCAGCACUUGUCUAA